GCUGCCGGUUUGGUGAGAGUGCUGGAGAGUGGUCGGGGACGAGUCAGCUGCACUUUUUUUUUUUUUUUUGGCUAGGAAGGCAGAGUUGACUUAUAGUUACUGAAUAAAAUAUCGCUCGAUCAAACAGUUUAUUUAUAAAAUUUGCAGCACAGAGUAGUAAGCAUGUCUGGAAAUAAAGCCAAAAAAGUAAAAAUGGCCACCAAAUCGUGUCCAGAGUGUGAUCAACAGAUUCCUGUAGCGUGCAAAGGGUGUCCCUGUGGCUAUGUGUUUAUUAGCCGGAAACUUCUAAAUGCCAAACAAGCAGAGAAAUCAUCAUCAGUAGAUAACAAAUCUGAUGCAAAGAGGAGAAGAACAGAAAGAAUACGCAGGGAAAAGAUUAACUCAACUGCAACCAAAGAUUUAGAAAACAGAAACCGCUCCAGGACAAACAGCCAUUCCGAGCACAUUCGCAGAGGGAGAGGGAGGCCUAAAAGUGGGUCAAGCAAAAAGCACGAGGAAGAAAAAGAGAAACAAGACAAAGAAAUCGACAUAUAUGCCAGUCUUUCAGAUGAGAAGGCUUUUGUUUUCUCUGUGGCUCUGGCAGAAAUCAACAGAAAAAUCCUCAAUCAAAGACUGAUUUUACAACCACCAGACUGUUAAGAGUCAAGUGAAAUGACCCAACUCAGGACUUGCCCUGCAGAAACCUUUAUGUAGAAUUGCGACUGGAAGUGCUGGAACUGUACUGUGUGAAGGAGUUGCACUGCCAGUUAAAGCCUGGCGGCUUUCCAGGGACACUGGUGAUGAUGAGGACUUUGUAUGCACCUUGAUGCAUAGGACUUAUAUUUAAUAUUUUCGACCUGUUUGACCACCUGUUGAUGGUAUAAAAGUCAAAUAUUUACUUUUUUAAUCCUAUUUUAAAAUAUGUUGUACAUACAUUAUGCUAAAAUAGAGACCGUUAUUUUUGUUUUUCUUUCUCGAAGUACAGAAAAUGUUCACUUUUUAAAGACGUGGUGUUGUGCACUUGGAAAAACAGAUUAGUAAUUCAAUUCUAUGUCUUGUAUGUGAAAAGGUUUAACCGUUAAUCAAAAGAAACGUAUGUCACUGAAACCUUGUUGCACCUUAGAUAAAUAUUGCAACAUACGCCGAUUUAUUUAAUUACAUAUCUCAGAUCUCCUUUUGUAUUGUUUUAAAAUGUACUUCACUCUACCCAUCUAAUUACCUGCUCUGUAUUGCAAUAAAUAAUUGUAUGUAAUAA